AUGAAGUGUGUUAUUAAAUUUCUACUCCUCAUAACUCUAUUUAUAACCGUCGCCAGUGAAGACUUUCAAGAUAAUCCCGAAGAUGAAAAGGCCUUCCAGGAGUUUUAUGAUCAAUACGAUGACGAUAAGGAAGAGAAAAAACCAAUUGUCUAUGAUCUGAAGAAAUCGAAGGAGUUGUUCACUAAGUACAUAAAAGAUUUUAAUAAGAAAUACGACACUUAUGAAGAUUACAAGACUCAUUACAAGAACUUUGUCGAGAACCUGAAGUACAUCAAUAGUGUGAACUCGGGAGGCCGUUCCUUCUCGACGGAUAUUAAUUUGUUUUCGGAUAUGAAAGCGGAGGAUAUUGGGGGGAGCAACGAGAGGAAGUGA